AUGCCGUGCCUUCGAGGCAUCGAGGUGUUCCUGACCACCAAAGCCGAAGACGAGCAGAUCCCCGAGUACCCGCACCCAGAAGGCACAUCGGCUCGGCUCCUAGGCGCUCUCUCGUCCUGCCCGAAUGGCCAACUAUCACAGCCCAAGGCCGGCCCGACAGUGGCGGUUUACAUACCGUCAAUCCCAGGCACCCCGUUUUCUAUCAAUUACAGCGUGAACACCGCGCCGGCUGCUCCCUGCAAGUACAUUUUCUUCCGGCUCUACAUGAACGCUCGACCCAUCGCUGCGUGGGGAAUUGAUCCAGCCGUUCGGCCAAAGGGCAAAGUUGUCAAGUCGCUGUGGUCGCCCUGCAGGCUUUACACCGACCGGGUCGGGUUCGAGGGCCGCAACUUUGUGUUUUUGCCUGGCCAAGAGCACAAGCCCGUAGCCGAGGAUGGUGGUCUCAUCGAGAUACAGGUCUUCCGAGCCAAGGCGAGACGUGCUCGUGCGCCGAGACUGGAAGAGUUCAGGUUCCAGGAGAACUAUGGUAUCGCCGCGCCUAGCAUCGGCCUUCUUGACCAGCCGCAAGAUGCGUGCUUUUACGACUGGCAUCUCCUGGACGCAAAGGACUCACCAUUCGCCACAUUUCGACUUCACUACCGCUCCUUGCAGAACCUCAAACGACUGAAUCUCAUUCCAGCGACCGAACUCGAGCUUCUCUGUUCCGUCUCCCCGAAAGUGCUUCGGACUAUUGCUCAAGCGCACGCAGCCUCGGAGCUCUUUGACAAUACAUCAGAGGAACAGUCGUGGCUGUCGGGGAGCGGCAGCGCAGAUGAAGCCGUGUUCCACGAUUACAGAGACCGCACUGAGGAUCUAGAUGCGGGCGACGAGCGAGAAGAGGAAACAGAGUUUUACUUCCUCAAGAGCCCACCCGAGCGAUUCCCAGCGGCGUCGUCCAAUUUCAGAGUCCCCCAGCCAAGCAAGGCACUCCGCGAUGCGUACCUCGAGUCGUACUUGCAACGUCCUCUUCCGGAGCUCCCCGUGGAUGCGCCCAACAGGCUUUCGAGACGCUCUUCUGCGGCGUCAGCGCUAUCAACCACUUUGUCGAUAACCCCUUCACUACAGCAAUAUGCCGAAGAAGAUUCCCUCGACCCGGAGGAGGUUGAGGUUGGCGUCGCUCAGCUUGUCGAGCUUCCACCCUCGGAGUCGACUCUCAGUUUCGUUCCGGAUAGCGAGCCCAAUCCAGCUGACUAUUCGAUAUCGGACUACGACGCAUCUCCAAAGUCUGCGGACGACUUCUUCUCGGCAGAGAAGCUGUCGCCCGGUCGCUAUUUGCCCACAACCGGAAGUGGGCUCGAACGCGGCAUCGCCCUCCUCACAUCACCCAAGCGGACAAUAUUUUCUGCGGGAGCGAGGUCUAGGAAGUCUCUGCCGAGUGAUUUAUAUUCUCAUCGCGAACUCUCACGGCUCGAGAGCACGACGUCGAGUGAGUCCGAGUGGGCGGUCGCGAAUCCUUCCCCAGACCGGGCAAGCCUUGCCGAGAAUUCUGCCCGUCGCAAAUUUAGCCCCCAGACCAUUAAGAAGACUGGCCGGUCCCUGCUCGCGGGGCUUCGUAAGAACAAAACCAGCGGGUCGCCGGGUAAGAUGGCAUCCAUGGUUCUCGGCCGCGACGUGCCGAAGACGAAGGGGGGUGCUGACAUCGUUGAGCGGGUCGCGGGAAGCCGGAUCUAA